GGGUUGCAUCGUGUAAUUGCCUCGGUAUGCGGUUCAGAAGUCGUCGCGAUGGAGAAGAAGGAGGGCCUCUUUAAUAAAUCAUUCAUGGUCAGACUGGCUAACGGUGCGCAGGUAACUGCUAGGAUUAAGAAUCCCAUCGCUGGCCCAGAUCAUCUUAUGACUUCUAGUGAAGUCGCUACAAUGGACUUUGCCCGUAACAAUCUCGGUGUCCCAGUACCAAAGGUUUUGUCGUGGAGUUCCAAAGCUGCCACCAAUGGCGUCGGUGCAGAGUACAUCAUCAUGGAAACUGCACCUGGCGUCCAGUUGAGCAGCGUAUGGCGUACUCUGGAUGCACGGCAGAAAAAGAAUAUUGUCAAUUCGCUAGUAUCCAUCGAGCAAAACUUCCUCAAUGCCAAAUUCGAUCAGUACGGCAGCCUCUACUACAAGGACGACAUCCCUGCAUCGCAGAGGGCUCCACGUCUCUAUGCCAAGGGCUCGCGCAAUUUUGGCUCCGAGGACAAGUUUUGCAUUGGGCCCAUUGCUCAUCGCAACUUUUACGAGGAUGAGAGGGCAGUCUUGGAUAUUCACAGAGGACCGUGGUCAUCGCCGGCUGAAUACCUUGGCUCCCUCGCCUCGCGCGAGGAAGCGUGGAUAUCACGUUAUGCCAAACCCAAUAUUCAUGAUGAUCCAUUCCGUAGCGUGUCUGGUCCACAGGUACAAGAAGAACAUCUCCAUGCCUUACAGCAGUACCGUUCUAUAAUACCUGCUCUUGUUCCCACGUCCAAGAAGGUCUUGUCCUCUAUCUUGUGGCACCCUGACCUCAACCCCGGAAACGUAUUCGUCUCUGAUGAUGCCGAGUGUCGCAUUGUCAGUAUAAUCGACUGGCAAGGAUGCUGGGCAGGCCCUGCGUAUCUUCAAAUGAACACCCCAUCUUUCGUGGCAUAUCAGGGAGGUGAGGUUCAAUCUGGGCUUGAGUUUCCCAAGCUGCCCGAGGAUUACGAGAACAUGAGCGAGCCGCGGCAAGCCGUUAUUCGGGAGGAUCAUAAGGCCAAGAUGCUCCACAAGUUGUACGAGAUCAAACAACUAUUCCCCUACCGGAUUGAUCACCGCGAAGUACGGACAAUGCCUGUACGUGCUGCGGGACGGACCUGGAAGGAUGGUAUACUGCCUCUUCGUCUUGCACUGCUUGAUGUGUUUGCUCAGUGGCCUGAGCUUUCCUGUGCGGAUCAGCCAUGUCCAUUACGGUUUACACGGGAUGAGGUUCGCGAGAUGAAGAAACAAAGGGAUCGCUAUCUUGACUGGCACGACUUCUUAUGACCUUUGGCAUGCGCCUUUACGGGUGGGUUUCGCCCAAUGAAUAUCCUUCCAAGAGGGCUCUGCUGGAAGGUACGCGCAGUCGUCUACCUAUGGCGCUGACGAACGAAAUAGAGGCCAUCCUCCCCCAGGACUGGUGGCCUUUCCGGGAUACUGUUUGAAGUAAAUUUAUCUUUUUCUCUGUCCUUAUUUAUUAUUUUUUGUUACUUUUUUCUUUCCUUUUUUGUUUUUCCAACUGGUGUGAUUGGGGGAUACGGACCUAUUCUACUAUAAUGCCUCCCGUCCAGCUAAUCUCCGUAGAUUUUUCAUAGAUUCUCUUUCCAUCCUCAUCUUUUUCUCUGGUGUACACUUGGGGAAUCACGGCGAUCCAGUUGCUACUUCUACUGUAUUGGUUUACAUGGGUUGUUUUACAGAUUUACUUGGGCUUACAUACACACGAUUGUUUUGAAUGUCAUUUGAUUUUAAACGUUUU